AUGUCAACCAACAGUUAUUCAACUUCCCCGACCCAGUACGGACCGGCAGCCUCAACCUCCCCACCUCAGUAUGAACGAAUCCCCAGACUAAGAGGCUGGUUGCCGCUGAGCAGUGAAGACACAAGUCCCAUGGUCACACACGGGCAAGGUACUCUCACUAGUCUGAUCAAGAGCCGUUCCAGCGCAUCUUUGCAAAACAUACAUCAUCGAUCAUCUUCGAUUGUACGAGAGAGAGACACACCGGACGAAGAAGCUAGAAAUCGGCCCGGGUUGGUUCGAAGGGACUCUAGAGAUCCCAGCGAACACGAUGAGUUCAGACGUAGUGCUGAUGAUGAGAGGCGCAUGAGUGCUGUGCUCUUUGGUCCGCAGAUGCGCAGUCAGAGACUAAUUGGAAGUUCCAAUCCUCGAUAUCGUUGGGAGAAAUAUUGGAAGACGGAGGAAGAAUUGAAGGGCAUGAAGAAACCCAUACGAGAAUACUACGAGAGAACAAAUAGCUUGCUACAACAAUACAUUUAUAUCGACCGCCUCUUAGAUUCGUCCCUCCCUCACGACCUCUUGAAUGAGUACAACAAUACACCAAGCAGUAGCUCACUUGGCGGAUCUGGUCUACAAAAUGUGGAAGUUCCAGCAACAAUUACAGAGGAGCCCCGUACGCCAAACUCCGAAGCUACGGAUGCUUCUUCUAAAGGCAACGGGGCUGCGGCUCUUACAAAGAAAGUAAAACGAACACCUCGGGAAAUUUACAAGAUAUCGGAUGAACAGACACCUCUUCUUGAGGCUGCUACUGAUGAGGCUGCUGAUGGUGAAGAUGGUCCCAAACCUGAGAUACCUGGACUGGAAGAUGAUAGUGUUGAGAGCGGGGAUAGAAUUGUCCAGAUAGCAAUCUAUGUUAAUCUUGCUGCUAAUGCCAUCCUCCUGGCUGGUAAAAUUGCAGUUAUUGUGCUUACCAGCUCUCUAUCCGUGCUUGCAAGUUUGGUCGAUGCGGCUUUGGAUUUCCUCAGUACUGGAAUCGUCUGGACGACCACUAAGAUGAUUGAAAGGCAAGACCAAUAUCAUUAUCCAGUUGGUCGGAGACGCCUCGAGCCAAUUGGUGUACUUGUCUUCUCUGUGAUUAUGAUCACGUCCUUCUUUCAAGUUGGACUGGAAUGUAUCAGCCGCUUGAGGUCUGGCGACCACUCUAUCAUUCAACUCGGCCUGCCAGCAAUUGUUAUCAUGUCCUCUACGGUUUUUAUCAAAGCGCUAUGCUGGUUCUUUUGUCGACUCAUCAAGAAUUCUAGUGUACAGGCCCUGGCACAGGAUGCGAUGACGGACGUGGUUUUCAAUAUAUUCUCUAUUAUUUUCCCCCUAAGUAAGGAUGACCGUUGUGAAUUCACAGUAUUUGCUGACAACGUUCUAGUUGGAUACUAUGCCGAGCUUUGGUGGCUCGAUGCAUUGGGAGGUCUUCUUCUGUCGAUGUUUGUCAUCUUUAACUGGGCAGGCACUUCAGCCGGCCAUAUACGCAACCUCACUGGCGCAGCUGCGACGGCGGACGAACGUAACGUUCUCUUAUAUCUCACCAUGCGAUUUGCGAAGACCAUCAAGCAGAUCCAAGGCUUGCAAGCCUAUCAUGCAGGCGACAAAUUAAAUGUUGAGGUCGAUAUCGUCCUAGAUGAAAACAUGAGCUUGAGAGAUAGCCAUGACUUGGGCGAGUCGUUACAAUACGUCUUAGAAUCAGUACCGACAGUCGAUCGCGCCUUUGUACACCAAGAUUAUGCAGGCUGGAACCUGCCUACACAUAUGCAACAGCAAGGAGCUUAG